AAUCUUCGUAACUUUCUCCCCCAAUUUUUCUUGUGCCUCGAUACUAUCUAAUCUCAGUUUUCAAUUACUGUAUCAUUAUAAAAUCCACAGCCUUGAUUAACGUAUUGUUGUCAAUUCCAAGCUCCAUAAUAAAAUCCUCUGCUCCUGGUCCCCUGAAUUUAUGUUUCUGGGCUCAAAUCUCUAAAUAAAUACAGCUAAAAAACAGAGCUAUGCUUCGGUUUUUCAGUUAUUUCAGUUUCCUCUCCUUCUCCUUCAUUUGCCUUUCCCGCCCUUCCUUUCCCACCAGAUUUAUACCGGACUCCAUAACCGGCAUAACCACCGAUACCCACAACGUCACCGAUGCUCACAACGUCACCUGGCAUGAUUUCGGUCGCUUCUUAGAUGUCGGGAGGGGAAGUGAGGUCAGUGGCAUGUCGGAGCUCAAGAAAUACUUGUGUCGUUUCGGGUAUCUCCCCAGCACCAACAAUUUCACCGAUGUCUUUGAUAAAGAGUUAGAAUCUGCAGUUAGAGCCUAUCAAUCCAGUCUGGGUUUAUCUGUGACUGGGAAGCUUGACUCUGAUACCAUCUCAACGAUCAUGUCACCUAGGUGCGGUCUUAGAGACACAGCCCAUAAUACAACCGAUAAAUUGCACGUAACCCGACAUUUUGCGUACUUUUACGGGAAGCCCAGGUGGGUAAAGGAAUCACCGAUGACCCUGACCUAUGCCUUUUCAGCUAAUAACAUGAUCGAUUACAUAAGUUUAGAGGAAAUAAAGAGAGUUUUUAAGCACGCUUUUGCGAGAUGGGCAUCAGUGAUUCCAGUGAGCUUCAUGGAAGUGGAAUAUUACCAAUCAGCCAAUAUUCGAAUUGGGUGGUACCAUCGAGAUCACGGGGACGGAGAGCCGUUUGAUGGGGUGCUUGGGGUGUUGGCGCAUGCUUUCUCUCCAGAAAACGGAAGGCUUCACCUUGAUGCUGCUGAAACAUGGAGCGUUGAUUUUGAGACGGUUAAGUCAAGAGAGGCCGUUGAUCUGGAAUCGGUGGCGACCCAUGAGAUUGGACAUAUACUUGGGUUGGCUCAUUCUUCGAUUAAGGAAGCUGUGAUGUAUCCAAGUUUAAGUCCAAGGUCUGUGAAAGUGGACCUCAAGCUUGAUGACGUGGAGGGUGUUCAGGCUCUUUAUGGGACAAACCCUAAUUUCACGUUGAGUUCUUUGUUGGAGUCUGAAAAUUCUUCUAACGGGGGGAUUGGUCUGCAAAGUAGAACAUCAAAAUGGACCAUUUCCUUGGUGGUGGUUGCUUUGUUCCUUUUUUUACGCACAUGGUGACACUUUUGUUUUCAAUUUGUCUUUUUUUUUUUU